AUGAGUGACGUCAGUGUGCAGUUGUGGUGCAUUCUGGGCAAUGAAGUCCAGCGCUCGGAGAUUACUGGUAGACACAAGUGCAUGAGGAAACAGAAGCUCCAUCAUGUUACAGCAGUGCUGAGAAUGACCUACUACCCUACUGAUGCCUUCUCUGUGGUGGUCCUGACUAAGAGCCCAGAUCCUAUGGGAGAGAAUAACCAUGCCUGGUGCAGGCAAAGCCUGGCCAUGCACUGGCACGAUGGCUACAAGCCCAUGGACUCAUGGACCAGCCCAUUGGAAAUAGUAGGGCUGUUUAUUACCCGAAAGGGCAAAUACUUAUGUGCUGAUCCAGAGAGUGCUUGGGCCAAAGAGACCAUUGAGGAGUUGGAUUCAAGAAAAGGACCUCCAUUAUCCUGCUGUCCUGUAAUAUCAGGCAAUAAAAUUCCUGUGAAAAAUAUCGUGGACUACGCUCUUCAGGAAUCUCCGCCAUGUCCCGUCAAAGCUGUAAGGUUCACUACCAUAAAAGGCAAAUCGAUAUGCUCUGAUCCUGAGAGCACUUGGUCCAAACAGGUCAUAAAGGAGCUGGAUUCAAAGAAACGAAGCACCACCACCAUCAAGCCUUUACAGGGGGAUGGACCUGUUACUGUCAUGGAACCAACGACCAAGAAGUAUCAUCAGACCAAGAACACGCCAAGCUUCACCAAGCUGAACGAAGAAGAGUCUUCAGUAAAAGAGACAGAAAGUCCGUCUUCAUCAGUGAACGAACUGCCUACAAUCAAGUACACCAGUUUCUGUCUGGAGGAAGAGCCAGCUGAAAGUACCAAUGCUUACUUUUAGUAAUUAGAGGUGGAGGAACACCCACACCAACGUUUUUUCUCUUUAUUCACCUUUGGUUAUUAAUAGUACAACAGUCUACCAUGUAAACAUGCUUAUGUUGGUCAAUUUUUGUGUUUGAACUUUUUUUUUUUAUUUUAAAGGUAAGAUGUUGGGAACUCUGUAC